AUGGCGAAACGCUCGAGAGAAGAGGCAGAUGCCGUGCUUGAUGUCUCUGAGAUCAGCAGCAAGAAGCUGAAGAAGGAUAAGAAGGAGAAGAAAGAGAAGAAAGCGAAGGACUCGACACCCACUGUAGCAGGCGCGAACGAUGGCGAUGUCGCAUCCGAGCACAAGGCUGAGCUCUCCAAGGAGGAGCGCAAGGCAUUGAAGCGCGCCAAGAAAGAGGCUUUGAAGGCUGUUGAAGCACACGAAGUGGCAGAGGAAGUGGCAGAUGCGGGAAUCUACGACGAAGCAGCGGCAAAGGCAGAGAAGAAGGCGAAAAAGCGAGCCGAGAAGGCUGCGAAGAACGCCGCAAAGGCCGUAGAUGCGGUUGAACGGAGCGACGAAAUCGAAGGCGCUGCGCAUGAAGAUGCCGAACAUCUCAGUGGAGUGGGAAAAGCUGAGGCAGAUGCAUACUACAAAGAGAAGCACAUUGCGAUUGAGGAUCCACUGAAGCAGAGUGUUGGGCCCAUACUGUCUUUCGGCACCCUUCCAUUCGACGAGACGAGACGAAAAGCGUACUUCGCCGGAUUCAGCACACCAACACCUAUCCAGGCAGCAUCAUGGCCAUAUCUGUUCAAUGGAAGAGAUAUGAUCGGUGUCGCAGAGACCGGCUCGGGAAAGACAUAUGCGUUUGGUGUGCCUUGCAUCAAUCGCUUGAAGAAGGACAAGAAGAUACAGGUCUGCAUUGUGAGCCCUACGAGAGAGCUCGCGCUGCAGAUUCAAGAGCAGAUGACAAAGCUUGCAACACCUCGUGGUCUGAAGGCGGUGUGCGUAUACGGUGGCAUGAGCAAGGAUGACCAGCGACACCAGCUGAAGGGCUGCCAUAUCGUGGUCGCUACACCCGGUCGUCUGAAUGACUUCAUUGGAGACGGCACAAUCGAUUUGUCGAAUGUCAACUACCUCGUGCUGGAUGAGGCCGAUCGCAUGCUGGACACGGGUUUCGAGCAAGACAUCCGGAAGAUUAUCACAGCAGCCGCAGACGGCAAGGACAGACAAACCCUUAUGUUCACGGCAACGUGGCCAGAAUCUGUCCGCAAGCUCGCAUCAGAGUUUUUGCGGGAUCCAGUCAAACUCAUGAUUGGCGAGAACGCCUCUGGUGAGCUUCGCGCAAAUGAACGUAUCGUGCAAGAGGUGGAAGUGGUCGAGGAGUUUGACAAGCAGAAUCGCUUGUUCCAGCUGCUCAAGCAGUACCAAUCUGGCAAGAACAAGACGGAUCGUAUCCUGGUGUUCUGCCUGUACAAGAAAGAAGCGACGCGAAUUGAAGAGUUCAUUCGAAGGAAGGGCUUCCCAGUCGCAGGCAUUCAUGGCGAUCUCAGCCAGGAGAAGCGCAUGGCAAGUUUGGCCGAAUUCAAGAACGGCAAGGUGCCAUGUCUCGUGGCUACCGAUGUCGCUGCACGUGGACUUGACAUUCCCGCUGUCAAGGUCGUGAUCAACGUGACCUUCCCGCUGACCGUGGAGGAUUAUGUGCACAGGAUCGGAAGAACCGGACGAGCAGGCCAAGACGGCCGUGCCAUCACACUAUUCACACAAAACGAGAAGGGCCUAGCAGGCGCAUUGAUCAAUGUGCUCAAGAAGGCGAAUCAACCUGUGCCAGAAGAACUGAUGAAGUUCGGAACGACAGUCAAGAAGAAGGGUCACGAUGCAUACGGUGCAUUCUACAAGGAUACAGGUGACGCCAAGCAGGCGACCAAGAUCACGUUUGACUGA